AUGCUGCCCUACGCCUUCGCCUUCGCCAAUUCUAGCACCAGACAGUACCACUCAACCUGUCGCCUCAAGCGAUGCAGUAUCGAGCAGCUGCGGCGACAUCGCAAGAUACUCCAUCAAGUCCUCAGGGCCGAAGUCUCGGUCUCACACUACGAGAUGUACUCUCGCCACGCAAAUGAGCUAGUGAUUAAUCUCUUGGAUGCCGUUAGUGACCCGCAGCAUCAGACUGAAAUGUUCGUACCUGAUCCAGCGAUGUCGUGGUGUUGGAUGGUCCAGUUGACUAUCAAUCUUUGUGACAGAUACGCGGCGUCCCUAAUCAUUGACGAGAAUCCGGCAUCUUACCGCAUUGCAGAUAUCACUGAAACCUAUUUGAAGGGAAUCAUGAAAGAUCCAAGGCAUGGGGCGGUGAAAUACUUGACCAGUCUGUUUCCAAUCUUUGGAUGGAUCACCCGAUACAAUUUGGGAUGGCUCACUGGCGACCUUAUUGCUGGUCUUACCGUAGGAAUGGUGCUAGUCCCACAGGGCAUGUCAUAUGCAAUACUUGCAUCGCUUCCUGCACAGUAUGGUCUGUAUUCCUCCUUCGUCGGCGUCCUUGUAUAUUGCUUCUUUGCGACUUCGAAAGAUGUUUCUAUCAGACCAGUGGCAGUUAUGUUGCAAACUGUGGCUCAAAUCAUCAUUGCUGUAGACGCACAGUACCCUGGUAAAUGGGCUAGCCCACUGAUAGCCACCACGUUGGCCUUUGUUUGUGGAUUUAUCGUACUCGGGAUUGGCCUCUUGCGCAUCGGUUGGAUUGUCGAGUUCAUACCCGUACCAGCAGUCAGCGGGUAUAUGACUGGAUCUGCGAUAAAUAUAGUUGCAGGUCAGGUUCCCGCCCUCUUGGGCAUUACCGGGUUCAGGCAAGGGUGGACUUCCCGGUACGAAAGUGCGCCUGUCAUCGAUAGCGAGCUCGUCAAAGCUCUCGGGCCACAGAUCCCUGUUGCCACCAUAAUUCUCCUUCUUGAGCACAUCGCCAUUGCCAGAUCAUUUGGACGGGUCAAUGGAUACAAGAUCAAUCCCAACCAGGAGCUCAUCGCCAUAGGCGUGACGAACAUGCUUGGCACUAUAUUCCAUGCGUAUCCCGCUACAGGAUCGUUCUCCCGUUCUGCCUUGAAGUUGAAGUCGGGCGUGCGGACUCCUCUGGCUGGUAUCUUCACUGCGAUGGUUGUCAUCGUUGCUCUCUAUGGCCUUACCCCAGCCUUUUACUGGAUCCCUAGCGCUGGUCUUUCGGCCGUCAUCAUCCACGCGGUCGCUGAUCUUGUCGCGUCACCUUCCCAAGCAUUCUCUUACUGGCGCGUAUCCCCCCUCGAGUUUCUUAUUUGGUUGGCUGCAGUCCUGGUCACCGUCUUUUCGUCUAUUGAGAACGGCAUCUACAUCUCCAUCUCGGCAUCGUUUGCCUUACUUCUGGUUCGCGUCGCACACCCUAGGGGAUAUUUCCUUGGGAAGGUUACCCUGACACGCAACUCAACUGAAUCACGAGAAGUCUUUGUUCCGUUGCGCAAGGAUGGCAUAACCAACCAAUAUGUCAAGGUAUAA